GCUCGUGUUUGCCCGCGUUUUUCGUAACACCAAGUUUUUAUUUCGAGUUUAACGCACUUUUUGAUAUUCAUUGGCAUCCAACAUGUCCCACACGGUAACUAUCACACGUACCACCACUUCCAACACGGGCACCGCCGUGCUGGUAAAUACCGGUUUCCUCGGUUCUACACCUGGACUUCUCAAAUUGGCGCAGUUGGUCUUGGGAGCAGCCUGCACCGGUCUGAUGGGCUACUACAUAAACAGUGGCUACCACGGCUUCACCGCACCCACUCUGUUCUAUCUCAUCUCCGCUGUGUCCUGCCUAAUGGGAACAUUCUGCCUGUUUGUUGCUUGCUUGUUUUCUUUGUCCUCGGCUACGUUCAUCUCUAAGACCAAUUUUGAAGUGAUAUUCCACACAGUGGCAUUCAUCUUUUACUUGGUGGCCAGUGUUCUACUGAUUGUUGAAAUUCACCGAUACUCGUAUUCUACUUAUAACCAGUAUUUAGCUGCUUCGAUAAUGGGAUUUGUUAUGGCCGUACUCUAUGCUAUCAGUACCUACUUUGCAUAUCGGACACAUAAAACCAUAUAAAUUACAUUUAAUUUUUAGUAAUAAUAUUGUUUGUUAAAAUAACAUUACGGUUUAAAAUAUUUGCAUGAACUCUGUUUAUAAAGCUAAGCGGUGGUGAGCACCUCUGCGGAAAAAUUAUUAUUGUGUUUUGCCAUAAAAUGUAAAUAAGACGUACGUAUUGUAAUGUGCGUGAUAAGAACAAUAGAUUCUUAGAUAUUUUUUUAAUAAUUAACCUUAAUUUGAUACUAUUCACCAAUGCUAACUUAUCUUUAUGUAUAUUACGAU